AUGUCGAAUGGCGUGACGACAACGAUCAAGUUCGAAGUUCCGUCGUCUCAAAAUUGCCACGUGGCACCGCAAAUUCGAUUAUUCGAAAAAGUUUUUUCGAAAUACUAUACGAUCAAUAAGAAAAAUGAGCAGGAUGUGCAAGAAGCCGAAUGCGAGCCAUUCACUGAGAUCAUAUUUGAGAUUUUCGCAAAAAUUGGCCUAAAUUUCCGGAUUUUAGAGGCGAUUUCGGAGUUUUACGCGGAAAAUCGACAGAAUAGCGAAAUUGAGCCCGAAUUCCGCGGCACCGUCAUUCUUCACUCGCCGCUUCUGUUUCGAAGCGAAAUUGUGUGUUUUAUCAAUAGUAUUCCAUUGAAUUCGAUCCAUUUUGGCAAUAUUUUCAAAAAUGUCCACUAUAGUCAUUGGGAGGUCGGAAAUUUGGUGUCGAUCGCUCAACAAUGGCCCAUCUUUUUCUUGCAGAUCUCUUUCAACACUUUUGAGGACCAUCGACAUCGCGAAAAAUACGCCACCGAACGGACGCUGGAGGCGAAUUUCGAGUUUGACAGCCCCAAUCCGUUGGUUGUCAAUUUCAAGAUUGACCAAGAUACUGAAAGGAUAAUUAAUGGGAAUCGAAAAAUUGAGACCAAUAUUGUCAAUUAUAAGCUAUCGGUGUUUCGUUACGAUAUUCGCCGAAUCAUCUGCGAAUUGGAUUACCGGAAUGGUCCAAUCAUUCAUUUCGAGCUCAAUGUGCCGGUUUGUGUGAAAAGGGCCGUCGAAACGUUGAACAGGAGCAAAAAAAGCACGAAAUCGCCGAAAUUUGAUCGCGUUUUGACGAUAAAGCACGGCGAUUCGGCGCACUUCGAAUGCCAUCCGCUCGCCAUCACCGAUUCGCCGUUUUUCAGCAUCAUUUUCAACCAAAUUGACACGCCGCUGCUUUACAAGAUUCUAUCGCGAUUCCGCCAUCGAUGCGAUGUGCCCAUCGAGUUUUUUCAGACGGAUUUCGUGUAUUACCCGUAUUCGCAGACGAAAUGCCCGUAUAAUAAUUGGGUUCAACAUCGAAAUUUGACGCCGACGCACUUCGAGGAGCCGCUUUUUGCCAAAUUCUUGAGCAAAACAUUCGUCGAGGGCUUCGGCGGACCACGAUUCUCGAAGGGCCACGAUCGAGACAAGGACAAAAUUCGCGCGAAAAAGUUCGCCUAUGUGUAUUUGAUUGAAUGCUUAUUGUCAAGAGGAGCCGUUGUUAAAGACCAAUUGCUGAUCGAAAGGAAUGAAUUUGAACAAUUUUUGAAGAUUAUUUCUGGGCAUUUCAACGAUGACGAAAAACAUGAGUUGUGCGAAUCGGCGCUUGAAGACCUUGUGAAUAUGAUCGAUUGUCGAAAACGCAUCGGAAAAUUGCAUCAAGUUUUCGAGCAAUUGUGCCGAAAUCGCCUCCGGAAUGGCGUCAGCAAUGAGAUAACGCUGGAAAUGUACGACGAUGGGUAUCGUCGGGUGCGCAAAGUGGUGUUGACGCCGACGCGCAAGAUUCUCGUUGUGCCGGAGACGAUCAUGAGCAAUCGAGUGCUUCAUCGAGUUGAUCACGAUUGCACACGAGUGCUCCGAGUCGUGUUCAGAGAUGACGACAAUCAGAAUAUGCGUCUGACGGCACUUGGCGGUCUUCUGCGCUCGACGAUGCUCUCGUAUUUGCAGGACGGAAUCCACGUGGCAGGCCGCGAAUUUGGCUAUUUGGGCAGCUCGAACUCGCAAAUGCGCAACAACGGCGCGUAUUUCAUGGAAAAAUAUUCGGCGCGAAAUCUUCGAGAAUAUCGAUUGGCGAAGGGACGCGAUCCGUCGCCGGGCUAUCGGCCGAAAAUCGAGACGUUUCGAAAAAGUUUGGGAAAAUUUGAGGAAGCUGGAAGCAUCUCGAAAGCGAUGGCGCGUCUUGGACAGUGCUUCACGCAGACGAGAUGCAAAGGCCAUCCGUUGGAACGAUCGGAUUAUAUGGUGACGUUCGACGUCGUCGGCGGUCGCGCCGCCGACACCACCGGCUCGUACACGUUCACCGACGGCAUUGGCGCGGUGUCGGCGAGCGUCGCCAAAAAGGUGGCGAAAUUGUUGAAGCUCGGCAAAGGGUGUGUGCCGAGCGCCUAUCAGAUACGCUUUCGCGGAAUGAAGGGCAUGAUCGCCAUCGAUCCGCAAAUCGACACCGACGUUCUCGACGUUUUUGUGAAGGAUGACGUCGAUGACGUGGCGAUUGUGCCGCGCGAAUUCGGAUUCUCGUGCGUGUUUCGGCCGAGUCAAAUCAAAUUCAUUUCGGCGCGGACGCACGACAAUAAAUACGAUUUGGAGAUCGUGAAAUUCUCGAUGCCGACGCCGGUGGCGCUCAAUCGGCCGUUCAUCAACAUAUUGGAUCAGGUGUCGUCGAAACAAUCGUUCGAAUGCCAUCGGCGGGUUUGCGAGCGCGUUCGCCAAUAUUUGGAUAUUCAAUUGGAGUCGUUCGCGAAACUGAUGAUCAACGAGGACGCGUGUCGUGGCAAGCUUGAGGAGAUGCCGCGUCGCAUUCGUUUCGCCUCGCUGCUGAAAAGAAACGGAUUUGUGCUGUCGACGGAGCCAUUCUUCCGCACACUGAUUCGCGCCUCUAUCGAUUUUGUGCUCGCGAAAUUGGUGCGAAAAUCGCAAAUUCAGGUGCCGACCGACUUGGGACGCUCCAUGUUCGGUGUGACCGAUGAGACGGGACGACUGCAGUACGGACAGGUGUUUGUGCAGUACACGAAGAAUGUGAAGAAUAAGACGCCGACGAAAAACGACAAGAAAAUUGUGUUGAAUGGUGAGAAUGGACGCGUGAUGAUCACGAAAUGCCCGUCGGUGGUUUCGGGCGACGUGCGAAUGUUCGAGGCCGUCGACAUUCCCGAACUCCAUCACAUGUGCGACGUCGUCGUGUUCCCGCAGCACGGACCACGACCGCAUCCCGACGAGAUGGCCGGCUCCGAUUUGGACGGCGACGAGUACUCGGUUAUAUGGGAUUCGGAGCUAUUCUUCGACGGCAAUGAGAAGGCGUUCGAUUUUGUGUCGACGAAAAACAAUGCCGAAUUCAAAAUUGAGGAAAUGGACAAGCUGAUGCAUGAGUUCUAUGUGCACUUCAUGGAGCAGGACUCGAUCGGAAUGGUGGCCAGCAAUCAUUUGCACUUGUCGGACCAUUACGGAAUCGACUCGAAAGUGUGCAUGAAUCUGGCGACGAAAUUGACGCAGGCGUUGGAUUUCGCGAAAUCCGGAACCGCGCCGGAUCCGCUCACCCGCAAAUGGCAAUUCGACGCCGAAAACCUGGUGGCGAUUCCGCCGGAAGUCGCCGAACGCCAACCGGAUUUCAGUGCGCCUCAAGAGCGCGCCGUCAGCCGUCCGAUCUACUACUCGACGAGCCUAUUGGGAUCGAUAUUCCGCGAGUUGAUGUCGAUCGACGACGUGAUGAAAUUGGCGAACAAUCGGCGAAUUCAAGUCGUCGCCGACGAGAUGCUCGAUUAUUUCGGAUGGGAAAUGUUCGAGGACGAGGCGCGACGCGAAAUGGCCAAAUAUAAUUCGCAAAUGCGGUCAAUAAUGGAGAACUAUGGGAUUCGAACGGAAGCGGAAGUAUUUUCGGGCUUCAUUCUCGACAUGCGCAAUCGAAUAUCGGAUAAAGAGCAAGACGACAUGUCGUUUUUCAACACGGAAAACGUGAUCGAAACGAAAAUAACGGAAUUAUUUCGAAAAUUUCGCGAGAAUUUCUUCAAUGCGUUUGCUGGGCAUGAAAUGGGAUAUAUGAGGUUGACGGAGCCCGAAGGACGAUAUCGGAGCAAUGAUGAGACGGAUGUGCUCCGACGGGUUUGUCGAAUGGCGACGGAUGAGAUGAAGCGAAAAGCGGUUGCCUAUUAUAAAGUCACAUAUGAAGAGGCUCGCAAAAGUGUUGAGCAGAAGCUGUCGUUCGCGUGGAUCGCCUACGACAUUCUGAAUUCGGUUCGCGAAUGGAAUAUCCUUGAGCGAAAUGACCCCGACGGACCAUCGUUCUACAGUGGUUCGAAUCCGCUCUACGAGAUGAUUGAGAGACAUCGUUUUGAGUAUUGCGACGAGAAUCGCCAACAAUUUCAGGAGUUUUUGAUGAAAUUUAAGAAUCUGAUGAGGAUUCGCGAUAAAGUUGGUUUGGAUCGUAUUCUCUUCAUCAUCAAUAAUUGGGCAAUUAGCGCGCAAUUAAUUUCGACGAUAAUGAGCGACACGGAUGCUGAGAACGUGAAACUGAAUCGACAAAUUGCGAUGAAUCGAAUCAAGGACUAUCACAUUCUGCUGAUAUUCAUCAUGUUUGCCGCCAAACAAAUCGGACCGCCCGUCGAAUUGGACGCGUUCUCGAAGCCCGUCAUAUUGCCGUACAAUGUGAUAAGCCUUCUAAGUGGUCCCGACGAGGUGGUCCCAUCGGCGGCGAAUCGGCUCACCAUCGAAUUUUUUCGAUAUUUGGCCUCGCGACAUUUCCGCUCGAUCAAAUAUUUGACGUUUCGACAAUUCGGAUUGAAUUCGAUUUUUAUGCGCGGCGAAUGGACCCAACUUCAUCAGAGCGCCGUCAAAACCUUCUACAAUCUCCUGCUGAAUGUGCGAUUCGAGGAGUUGCCGCUGAAUUCCGACGUCGACGUCACGUCGGCGACGAUCAUUCGCGAAUGUCCGCCGUUCACGAUGGAUUUGCCGGCGAAAGCCGCGAUCAGUGGUCUCGCGACGAAAUUGGAAUCGGUGACGGGAUGCGUCGAGAUUCAAUAUCGCAAAAUUGCCGAGAAAAACGACAUUGCGACAUAUCGAAUAUCGGCUCGCGGGACCAUCGAAUCGCUGCAAAAACUGCGAAAAUAUGUGGCCGUGCCGAUAUCGCGAAAAUCGUCGAAUUUUGGCGAAACUCUCGGCAACGAGCUGGCGACGAUCGCGUUGUUGCGAAUCAAAUCCUAA